AUGUACGUUAUCAAGCGCGAUGGUCGUCGUGAAGACGUCAAGUUUGACAAGAUCACAGCACGCAUCACUAAGCUUUGCUAUGGUCUCAAUCCAGACUACAUUGAUGCCAUAAAGAUCUCUCAAAAGGUCGUGGCGGGUGUGUACCCGGGUGUGACCACUUCGGAACUGGACGAGCUAGCUGCUGAGACAGCCGCUUGCCAAAGUACCCAACAUCCAGACUUUUCCAAGCUAGCGGCACGUAUUGCCGUGUCAAAUUUACACAAGAAUACAAACAAGGUCUUUAGUGACAACAUUGACGUGUUCCACAAGAAUGUGCAUGAGAAAACAGGAGCAGCGGCUCCGCUCAUAGCUGAUGAUGUAUACGAGAUCGUGAUGCAGCACAAAGAUGAGCUAAACUCUGCAAUCAUUCACGACCGGGACUUUGAGUAUGACUAUUUCGGAUUCAAAACACUUGAGAAAGGAUAUCUCUUUCGUGUUAAUGGAAAAGUCGUGGAGCGACCGCAACAAUUAAUUAUGCGCGUUGCUCUAGGUAUCCACAAGAACAAUAUUCAAGCGGCUUUGGAGACGUACGAGUUGAUGUCUCAGAAGUUUUUUACUCAUGCGACGCCAACGUUGUUUAAUGCUGGAACUCCUCGCCCCCAACUGUCCUCGUGUUUUUUACUAGCUAUGCAGGAUGAUUCGAUUGAAGGUAUUUAUGACACAUUGAAGCAAUGUGCGUGCAUUUCCAAAUGGGCUGGUGGGAUUGGCAUUAGUAUGCACAACAUACGAGCCACUAACAGUUAUAUUCGUGGCACUAAUGGUUCCUCUAACGGGAUCAUUCCCAUGUUACGGGUGUUUAACGACACGGCCCGAUACGUGGACCAAGGUGGAGGUAAACGCAAAGGAUCCUUUGCUAUAUACUUGGAGCCGUGGCAUGCCGACGUGUUUGAGUUUCUGGACCUGCGUAAAAACCACGGUAAUGAAUUGCACCGAGCGCGUGACUUAUUCUACGCUCUAUGGAUUCCUGAUCUGUUUAUGAAACGGGUGGAAGCUAAUGGCAAGUGGAGUUUAUUCUGUCCGAACGAAGCUCCUGCUCUCUACGAGUGCUGGGGAGACGAGUUCGAGACGCUUUAUGAAAAGUACGAAAAGGAGGGACGCGCUCGCAAGACAAUUAAUGCGCAGCAGCUAUGGUUCAGCAUUUUAGAUGCGCAGAUUGAGACGGGCGUGCCAUUCAUGCUCUUUAAGGACGCAGCCAACCGUAAGUCCAACCAGCAGAAUCUUGGCACGAUCCGAUCCAGUAACUUGUGCUGUGAGGUAAUGGAGUAUACGUCGCCGGAUGAGGUGGCCGUGUGCAACUUGGCGUCUGUGGCUUUACCUAAGUUUGUGGAGGACGGUGUCUUCGACUACAAGAAGCUGUAUGAUGUGACGAAGGUGGUCACCCGUAACCUUAACAAGGUUAUUGACGUUAACUACUACCCGGUUGCAGAGGCUCGAAAGUCCAACAUGCGCCACCGCCCUGUGGGCAUUGGUGUUCAGGGUCUGGCCGAUGCUUUCAUUCUCAUGAACUAUGCGUUCGAAAGCGAGCAGGCUCGUGAACUGAACAAGAAUAUUUUUGAGACCAUCUAUUAUGCUUCGAUGGAGACAUCCAUGGAGAUUGCCAAAGAACUGGGCCCGUACGAGACAUUUCAGGGCUCCCCGGCCAGCAAGGGUAUCUUCCAGUUUGACAUGUGGGGUGUCACCCCGUCCUCUGGUCUUUGGGACUGGACCGCCUUGAAGGAGAACGUGAUUAAGCACGGCAUCCGCAACUCUUUGCUAGUGGCUCCUAUGCCUACUGCUUCGACUGCUCAGAUCCUUGGUAACAACGAGUCCAUCGAGCCGUACACGUCGAACAUGUACAACCGACGUGUGCUUGCUGGUGAGUUCACGAUCGUGAACAAGUACCUGAUGAAAGAGCUGAUCGAUCUGGAUAUCUGGACGCCCGAGGUCCGUAACCAGAUACUGAACGACCAUGGUUCUGUGCAAAAGGUGAAGACCAUUCCGGACCAUGUCAAAGAGAAGUACAAAACAGUGUGGGAAAUCAAGCAGAAAUCGGUGUUAGAUCUGUCGGCUGACCGUGGUGCUUAUAUUUGCCAGAGUCAGUCGCUUAACAUUCACAUCGCCGACCCGACGAUCAGUAAACUCACCUCCAUGCACUUUUACGCUUGGAAAAAGGGGCUUAAGACGGGUAUGUAUUACAUGCGCGGGCGCCCAAAAGCUGACGCCAUCCAGUUCACCGUGGACAAGCAGGGCCUCGACUUGCAGCGCGCUAAGGAGGACACUAAGGCUGGUGCAGAGUCGACCCCUGCCUCAGUGGUUGAGAACGUCAAUCGGGCAGGUGAGGACGAGGACGAAUGUCUGGUUUGCGGUGCUUAA